AUGUUUUUCCUCCUAAUCAUUUUACUCGUACGGAUACCGUCGGACACUUUCGUGUUUGCACGCGAAUUGCAUCAGGCUUUGACACAGCCUGCAAGGCAAGAUCAAAAUGGCAUCAAAACUGUGCAAUGUAACAGCGGCGUGGGGCUCGUGGAGGCAUUUGCUGACCCGACAGUCCAGACCGCUCUGAUCGUGGCUGACAUUGUUUUGUCCGCCUCGGACUUCGCGGCGCGCGCCUCUCCAAUCCGCCUGGAGCGCAAUUUUACUAUCCUUGGCGCUUAUGCGCCAAAGGAGCAGUGGGUCCUGCUGGACUUCAGUUACAUUCGCGGACGGGUGGUCCUGUCCCCGGGCGUGACGUUCAGCCUAUCCCAGCUGGUUAUCGACGGGGUCAGGAAGGGGCCGUACUUCCAGGUAGCUACCCCCGGGAUGGAUAUCAUAAUCUACAUGCCGAAGGAUCCCACCAUGCCGUACGCAUACGUGCUGGCCUACAAUUGCGCCUACAUACAACGUACAUGCCUUCCAGACUCGGUGAUCUUGGCUUCAUCCGGCAGCAUCCGUCGCCCCACAGAGGUGCAACCAGGCAAGCAGCUUUCAGACCGGCUACCAUUGUGGCAGCCCUGCGACCCCGACCCGAAGGCGCACGCACUUCGACGGUGUUGGCCCAAAAUAGGAAUGUACUUCGACCAGGCUGGCUACGGUGCCGAUCUUGUAGGCCCAGGCGACUCACCCAUGCCGAACAACUACAUCAUAUGGACCUAUCAAGUUUAUUAUUUGUACAUGAUGUACUACGGGAUGGUGUGUCCGCGACAUGACCCUGAUCGUGUUAAGAAACGGAAGCUGCUGCGGUGUCCUUUUGCGAUGUCCUGUGUGCCAGUGUGA